AUGUUCGCGUUACGUGUAGGCAUCCUGAUGAAUGUCCCCAGUAGAGGUCUCCUCGACAGCAUGGGUGGACAGCUGGCUGAAGCGUGCUACACUGGCGGGGACAUGGCGUCAGGCGGAGAGAUGAUGAGAUAUUCACCAUUGCCGAGCAUGGAGUGCCAUGGUGCAGUGCAGAGUUGGCUGGGCGGCGGCGACGACAGGAUUUUCGUAUGGCACGGCAAUGAUGGGUCUACGGGCGUGGUGCCAGCUCUCGCCGGUUGGUCGAUCGCGCCUCGCCUCCAGAUGCUUUCGAAGCCGUAUUCGGCUGAUGGGACGGAGAGCGUGUAUCAAAGACCCGACACGCCCCGAGUCAGAAGCGGAUCGAGCACGAUUGGGAGCGUGUAG